AUGAAGUCGAGGCUGCAGCGGUUUCACGGCGGCGUGGAUGAGAAUUUGAAGAAUGCGUGGUUGGAUGGGAAGGUCACGGGACGGACGGCGGUGGUAUUGAGGACUUGGAAUCAGUUUGAGUAUACGGGGAAUCAGAAGGCGUGGCUAAGGACACUCGCGACUGAGCUGGCGUUGGAUACUGGAGGGAAAUAUCAGCUCUUCUUGCUGGUAGACGUCAAAGAUGGAGAACUUGAUCUCAACGACGAUAAGACGCACGCGGAGGUAUUGGAGAAGUCCGUCCCGGAGGAGUUCCGAGAUAUGACGCUCCUUUGGAAUGAGAAGAUGGUGAAGGAGUGGUUUCCGAAAGUCGACCAGCAUCGCGCUAUGCAUCAGAUGUAUCAGGCGUUGCAGAUCUUCAGCUACACAUUCCCCGAGUUCGACCACAUCUGGCAAUUCGAAAUGGACGCCCGUCUCACAGGCAACGCAGCCCGCACCCUCGACGACGUAACCACCUGGUCCACUUCCCAACCGCGAAAAAACCUCUGGGAGCGCAACGCCCGCUUCUACAAUUACAUCACCCUCGGCGGCCCUCCUCCGCCAUCACGAUCCAAUACAACCUGGGGCAUAGGCGAAGCCCCGGACCUCAUCACGUUCUCACCCAUGAUCGACCCCAUCGGCUCCGACUGGGCGUACGAGGAAGGUGGCGUACACGGCUUUGAUCCUCCCGCGUCCCUACCGCGACGCAUGGCAAUCGUCUCCAUGACCCGCACAUCACGGCGUCUCCUCCGCCUCAUAUCUCUCGAACAGCGAGAAACAGGAAACUGGCUCGUAAGCGAGAGCACACCCGAGACGUUCACAUUCCUCCACGGUUUGAAGGGUGUGUACGCACCUCACGUUGUGUCUUUCUCCUUCGAUGACGGAAAGGGGAAGGGACUGGAAACAGAGGAGAUGGAGGAGAUGGUGCACAAGGGACCUUGGUGGAGUCGGGCUGGGGGUAGUAGGACGGGGUUUUUGUGGACUCAUGGAGGGUUGCCGGAGGAGAGGUGGAAGGGUGCGAGUUAUUUUUUCUGGGAGGGGACGGCGGGGAAUGUGUGGAAGGGGUAUGUGGGAGGGGAGUGUGGGGAGGCGAUGUUGUUGCAUCCUGUUAAGGGGGAUGAUUGA